AUGCAUGUGCGAGCAUCGGGCGGCGUGGUUCUUUAUUCGGUUGCUAUGAUAGCGUACCUGCCUGCAGCUGGUGUAUCAUCAGCACAGGUCGAUGCUAUGAUUCAGCGAGAGAUAAACCGUAGACAGAAGAAGAACGAAUUGCCGGUCGAUUGCACUGAAAACGUCCAUGUCGGCGACAAUGCAGGCGGUCGGACAACAAUACUGGUCCCGAUAGCCCAGCCUUCUGUGUCUGAGUCCCAGGAGAGCAACAAAGAUGCUUGGCGAAGCACACGGAUCGGCUGGAAGACGUGCCAAGGAUCAUUGGAUACAUGCCACCGCAGUUUCCUUAUCAAGAAAAUCGAAGAUCUACAAGAAAACCUCAAGAACACAAAAGCAGAGCUGGCUGUAGCCAGACGGACAGUACACAAAACCGUCAAACGCCAGAAGAAGCUGGAAGUCCAGUUGCAGCAUGACACGAAGGAAACGAAUGAGGCAAUCCUCACCAUACAAAAGCACCAGAAGAAGGGGCAUGAUGAUGGGGAUGAAGGGCGAUCAGGAAGAUUCACGACUCGUGGUUUUAUCGCUCUCGGCAUUCGCAAGGCACUGGCCCAUACAUCGGCAGUUGCAUUUCCACUUGCUGCACUGGUUGAUGUGUCGCGACAAACUGUGACGCGAGCGGAGAACGCCACUUGGUCUAUGUUGGUUGCACGGACUGGGUCGCUCCAUGCUCAGAUGCGUCAAAAGAUGCGACAGUUGGCUAGUGUCAUGGCAGACAUGCGUGCGAAGCAUGACAAUAACAUGCAUGCCGGCAGUAGAGAUGGGCAGCCUGUGGCUGCUUGUUCGGUGUUGGUGCAGGCGUCGUGCGGUCAGGCUGACACACAAGUGGACGGAAGCCAUGAACAGCCUUUGCUGGAGACGCAACCAGCUCUGGAAUUUGGAGGAGAAGCAAAUUGUUCCGAAGAGUUUUUGCUGACUGGUCCACCUGAUUUCAUUGUGCGUGUGUUCUUGGCCACGUUUGCAACGCGAUCGUACAAUGAGAAAAUAAACCAGCAAGGCCAGCCAGAGGCACAGGCAGCCAUCGCAGACUGCGACGACGAGCUGGGCAUGGAGGAAGCGCAAGAGUACCGUCAACGUGUGUCCAAAUGGGUGAGGGGAAGCCUUGAGUGCAUGCAGGAUCCAAUGUUCUGGUUUUUCGUUUGGGCUGCCAACAAGUCUCGUGAGCCCGUGAGACACCUCUUUAACAUCUUGUCAUCAUACUCCAAGCAGAUGUCUGCUAGAGUUCGCUCACCGGAUUCAUGUCCAUGCCAAACAUCAGAACUUCCGAUAGUUGACUUCGUCACCACCAGAUUGGACCAGAUCGAUGAGGAGUUCCUUCGUUUGAGACAAGAGGUACCGGCAUGGACUCGUGCGACUUGGGACAAACUCCGACAAAUGAUUUGCUGGAAUGCAGAGACCGCUGUCGAUCUCAAAGACUUGGAAAUCAUGGCAACCAAGCUGGUGCUGUUGAACCACGAACUCCAGGUGGCUGCAGUCAGCGGCUGCAUGUUGUCGGACGGGCGGUUGAGGGCAUGUCUGCUUAUGGCUGCCAGUUUAAUCAGGCUUGACAUUCAAGAGUUGGAAGGCUUGAAUUCAAUGAUUAAGUUGGCGGUGGCACGCUCCAAGAACAACCGCUUGACACUACAGCUUCUCACAUCGAGGGUGUGCACCAGGAAGAUAGUGUCUCUGUACACUGCCGGUGCUAUCAAAUACAAGGCGAUCAUUCCUGCAGCAGCAGCACUUGCGAAAUCAGCCUUCUUGUAUCAUGGAGCACAUCGCGAACUCCUGGAGGACACCGAACGAUGGCAGUCAUGUAGCGAAGCCAAAAUGGUGGGCGGUGACCCCCAUGUGUACGAUCCUGCCAUUGCUCACACACCUGAGCAGAUCUGGGCAGCUAAGUACAACAAGAUGUUCAUGCGACAAGUUCGAGCUCAUGAGAAGGAUUCCAGGUUGUCAAGGGAUACUGUUUUCGCUUUGUUGCUUCCGCCUGCUCAGCAGCACUUGCCACCGGAUGUGUGGGUAGUGAUAUGCGUGACACGAUCCCAAGCCAUGAUGCUGAAAGCAUUUCGCUCACGCGACGGCACAUUCAGCUUGGAUGGCAAGGAACAUAAGUUCGUGUUUUCGACAUCUCUGAUUGCAUCCUUAAGCGAACGAGUUGCAGACGCCGCCAAAUCCAGAGCAGACACACGCAGCCGGCUGAAUCUUCACUCGCAGGUGCUACAAGCGCUUGAAACAGAAUCUUCGCACGCAGCCACGGUGUCCUUCCAGUUGCAGGGUGAGCCGAAGCAGGUCGCAGAGCUUCGGGCACGCUAUCAGCGCAAGACAGCAGAGGAGUCAGAACAGCCUUUGGCUGUAGAAGAUAGCGACAUCCAGUAUGAAGAGCUGGACGACGGUGACGGUGACGAUAAUGAAGAUUAUGAAGACGAUUUGCCAGCCGGUGAUGCAUCACCAGAAGCAGACAACGAGGCCUUGAUGCGUGCUUUACAUGGAUGGGAUGAUGGCGACAGUGGCGAUGACAAAUGUGACGAAGGUGGUGGAACUGAUUGUUGCAGCGACGGUGACAUUGACGAUGAUCAAGAUGACGUUGCAGAAUUGGACGACUUAAACAUCAAACUUCUAGCAGCAGCCACAAGUCAGCAAUCGGAAGCUGAAGCAGCGCAGUUGAAUGCAAAGGUCGAGCAUGUGGCAGGGGCCUCGGUGACUUCAUGCACAUUGUCUCCAGUUGAUGCAGAGACAGAAGCAGUUCUUCAGGAGUUUUUGCUAAGUGCCCAUCAUAUGCACGAACACCCAGCAGCUCAACCUAGCAGCAAUCCAAGUGCUUCGUCCUCUGACUCAGCACCAGUCUCGGCUGGUCCGAAGCAGCGGCUGGGAACAGCUUCUUCUGCCUUUUCAAAGCAGUCAGCGGCACGCUUCUGUGAGUCAUGGAAACUUGCGUCAGAAGACUCGGUUGCUGCGUUGACACAUCGGCAUAAGAAUUCCUCCAGAUCUCUUGGUGACAACCGCCACUUGGAUGCAAUGACGCACUGCCAAGUCCGAGAAAUUUGCAAGAAGUUUGUUUCUUCAUCUUCGCCUCAACUACUUCAACUACUGUCUACCAUAGAGUCACAGAUCGCCGCACAGCAGCUGUUGUUAGUCGUUGCUCUGGCUUUGUUGCUGUGUUGUCUCGCAGUUCCGCACUUGACUUGA